UAGAUUUGAAAUGAGAAAUAAUGUUUUAGCCAUAGGUGGAAAAUGUGAUUAUAUUGUGAUCUAAAACUAUGUAACGGGACUACGGGAGAGCCCAAUAAUUCCGUGUGUCGCCGUUAAAGCCCCUAUUCCAAAAAUAACAAUUGCUUCUACCCCAAACCCAAUGUUAACCCUUUUCAACCGAAAUUCUACCAUCAUCAUCAUCACAAACAGCUAGGAAUUGGUGGCUGUUGACAGUUGAAGAUAUAUUCUGCAUGACUGCUUCUUCGGAAUUGGUGGAGAGAGCAGAAAUGGAGAGAAAGAGGAAAGUUAAUUUAGGAGAAUCGGAAUCUUCAUUUCAUCUCAAGACUCGGCGCGUGGCUGAUUCAGGUUCGCCGCUGAGUUCAGGAGGUUUAUCUUGCCAGACUGUCGCGGGGAAUGAUGAUGAUGCCUUGACAUCAUGUUGCUCAAGUAACGGAUCCGGUGAGCUGACUAAGGAAACUUGGAAAUUCGUAGAUCUGGAGGACAAUGAGGCGAGUGAUACAUUGGAUUGCGAGAGUGAAACACCACCGUCGAAGGCUGGAGGUGAGUCAGACAAGCUGGAUUACACGGCGAGGCGUCGUGAAGCAGAUCCUAGCCGUUGUUCAAUGCCGUCAGAAGCUGAGCUAGAAGAAUUCUUUGCCGCAGCUGAGAAGAAAAUCCACCAAAAAUUCAUUCACAAGUACAACUAUGAUAUAAUGAAGGAGCAGUCACUGGAAGGCCGGUACGAAUGGGAGAGGCCGGAAUAACCAACGAGAAAUAGGGCUAAUUGUUCCACUAAUUGACGAUUAACCAAAGCUUUAGGGUUACUUGAUUUCAUGCUCAGAUCAUACAGCUACCUCUUCUCUGUCUACCGUGGUCAACAAGUAAGAAAAAGAGUUUUGUCUGGUUAUCUUACAAGUAGCAACUACUCCCUCCGUCUCAAUAAAUAUGCAAUAUUUGGCUUCUGGCACAA